AUGCCUGCUCGUGUUCGUGUUGAUCGUCUUAAACCAAUCUAUACUGCUGCUAAAGCUAUUAAUUUUGGAUUCAGAUUAACAGGAGUACCAACAAUACCUAAUAAUAAUGGUGUUGGGUCUUAUAUACCACAAGUUCACAGAAUUACAUUACGUUUUUGUAAACAAAAUGAAGCUUCAUCUGGAGUAAGAUCUUUUAUUAAAUAUCAUUUAUUUGAAUUUGCACAAAAAAAUCCUUCUGUUGUUAUUUAUACAAUACCAGCAAGGCAGGUUACACCAACAAUUAGAGCUGAAUAUGGAAAUGGAAGGAUGGUUCAUAUAAAUGUUAAAUCAUUAUCAUUAGAACUUAUUUCUCAACAUAUGCAUUAUGUUUUAUCACGUAGUGGUGAACCAAUGGAAAAAUUAAUAUCAAAACAAUCAUCUAUUGUUCCAUCAAUUCAAGGAGAAUGGAAUCCAUUUACAUUCCAAGAUCCAGAAAUGACAUCUAUUGAAUUACCUGACCCUAAAUUUAGUAAAUAUUUAUCAGCAGAUGUAUCUGCUACCGAAUACGUAAGAAAUCUUGUUAAUAUAGAUAAUAAUGAUAAAGUGUAA